AUGUCCAACAGUGCUUGUGCGGAGCUUUAUGCAAAUAUCAUUGAAGAGGUUAUUAUCGAAUCCAGGCAAGAUUUUGAGAAUGCCGGAAUUGACGAACAAACACUCCAAGACCUGAGAAACAUUUGGAAACAGAGGCUUGCUGCAGCUAAAGUAGCACCUUUAGGUUGGGGAGAUGAUGACGAUGAUGAUGAUGAUGACGAUGAUGGAAAAGAUCUGGGUGUGGAGCAAGCAUCGGAAGAUAUAUCUUCAGCUGAAAUCGCCCCAAAUAUGGCCGUUACUGUAGAUAAUCCAGGUGAACAGAAAAAUGUACCACUACCCCAAAGCCAACAGCAACAAAUUUUACAGGACGCACACCAACUACAAAACUUUCAAGAACUGCAACAACAACAACAGCAGCAGCAGCAGCAACAUCAACAACAACAACAAGAUCUACAACUUCAAAAAACUACUGAACUAGAUCCACAAAUUUCCAAUCCACAAUUACCAAACCUGACGAACCACACAUCACUUCAACCAACUCAAAGCCAUAAUCAAACUUUUGAUAUGUCCUUUAUAGGCACUCAAAAUAAUGGAGAUGGCAUAAAAACGGAAGAAAAUUCGUCAGUGAAAAAAGAGGGUGGUGAUGAAUCUGUACCUCCAUUCGGCUUUCCCACAAGCCUGCCAACUUCAAACAAGAACAAUUUGCAAGAUCCAACUGUAACUUUCAGUAUACGAAACAACCAGCUGGACGGUUCAUUUGAUUUCUCAGCACCAAAGGAAAACGCAAACGAUAGUGACAGUGAUGACGACCUAGGGUCUGAUCUCGGUGCAGAUAGCGAUGCAAUCAAUAGUGAUCUAGAUGAUUCAGAUGAUGAAGAUGAUGAUAGCAAUGGUGAAGAAGAUGAUGAAGAUGGUGAAAACGGCGGCGCCAAUGGUGAUAUAGAACAAAACAUUAUGUUGUGCCUUUACGAUCGUGUACAACGGGUACGUAACAGAUGGAAGUGCUCAUUGAAAGACGGAUUGAUGAACAUUAAUGGGAAAGACUAUGUGUUUCAGAAGGCUACUGGUGACUCAGAAUGGUAA